AUGCUUAUAGAAGAGCUCACCGGCAAUAAGGACUCCCCAUUGAGUGCGGAUCCGUACAAAGAUGCAACGUAUACUUUUCCAAAGCCAUCCAAAGAUGAAAAGAAUAAACAACUCAUUGACGACUUUUUGAAGCCAUCCGCAGAAUUGAAUUGGGAAUUGCUUGAUCUUGUACAAACGAAACCAGACGUCAACAGAGAAAAGAUUAUUCACAAUUUGGUAAUUAACCCGUCCAGUCUAAAUCGGACAAAGAUCCGUUUCAAGAGAUCUGGAAUUCAAGGAAAAAUCUCGGGCUACCGUGAAGAAGUUGAUCUCAAUCAAGUGAAUGCCACCGGGUCAAAUUCUUUGAGUAUCAACAGAGACUACUCUUCAAAAAGCGAAAGCAUAAGAGGAAAGUCAGGGUUUCUACCCUUCCAACCGGGUGGUUUGUUACAGCAAGCCUCGAUAGAUCGUGAAGUCAAAGAUACCACAGCAAACUUGCAUAGAAAUGAGUAUGGGUUGUUUGAUGUGCCACCAGGACUCUCACGAGGGUUGGAAGUUGGGGACACACAAAAUCUAGCAGACUUAGAUGACUUGCAGAAGGAAGACGUGGAUCUGAAUGAAGAAACAAAUGAAAUUGUUAAGGAGCGUACUUUAUUGGAUAGAGUGCAUAACGAAAACACAAAGUCUGAACCAAAGGCAGAGCUCCCUUUUGAUGCAAAUGAAAUAGAAGGAUUGGUACCGUUUGAUUACAAGUCAUAUAGAUAUGACGAGAAGAAACCGGUGGAGAAGCGUGACUGGGCUCACGUAGUCGACUUGGAUCACAAAAUUGAGGACUUCAACGAAUUGGUCCCCAAUAUGGCGAGAACAUGGCCCUUUGAACUUGACACUUUCCAAAAGGAAGCAGUGUUUCAUUUAGAACAAGGUGAUUCUGUAUUUGUGGCCGCUCACACUUCUGCAGGUAAAACAGUUGUGGCUGAGUAUGCAAUUGCAAUGGCAAAGAGGAACAUGACAAAGUGUAUAUACACAUCCCCUAUCAAAGCAUUGUCUAAUCAAAAGUUUAGAGAUUUCAAAGAAACAUUCAAGGAUAUAGAUGUUGGAUUGAUCACUGGUGAUGUUCAGAUCAAUCCUGAAGCCAACUGUCUCAUUAUGACAACUGAAAUUUUGCGAUCGAUGUUGUAUCGUGGAGCGGAUUUGAUUAGAGAUGUUGAGUUUGUCAUUUUUGAUGAAGUGCAUUACGUGAAUGAUAUAGAUCGUGGUGUCGUUUGGGAAGAAGUGAUCAUCAUGUUACCUGACCAUGUCAAGUACAUUUUACUAUCGGCCACUGUUCCAAACACGUUUGAGUUUGCCAAUUGGGUUGGUAGAACGAAACAGAAGGACAUCUAUGUUAUUUCAACACCAAAAAGACCCGUGCCAUUGGAGAUCUUCAUCUCAGCAAAAAACAAACUAUUCAAAGUAGUUGACUCAAAUAGGAGGUUCCUUGAGAGCGAAUUUAAGGCUCACAAAUCUUUGCUUGAAGCGGGAAACACUAAAAAGGCACUUCCAUCAACUACAAUGGGCUCUGGAAGUAGAGGUGGACCAGGCGGAACAGCGAGAGGUGGUAACAAAGCAGUUGGAAGAGGUGGCAGAGGCGGGGAUGGCCGUGGCGGUCAUGGCGGUCGUGGCGGUCGUGGCGGUCGUGGAGGACUGUCCAAUCACGGAAACUUUUCCGGUCCGAGGAGGUUCGGCACUGAUGGUCCAAACAAAAACACAUGGCCAGAAUUGGUACAUUAUAUGAGGCUGAAUAAUUUGCUACCAGCAGUUAUAUUCGUGUUUUCGAAAAAGAAGUGUGAAACAUAUGCUGACUCCUUACACGGUGUCGAUUUCUGUACCGCCAAGGAAAAAUCUGAAAUCCACAUGUUCAUAGAUCGAGCAGUUGGAAGAUUGAAAAAGGAGGAUCGUGAAUUGCCGCAAAUUUUGAAGAUUAGAGAGAUGCUUAGUCGAGGAAUAGCCGUACACCAUGGAGGUCUAUUGCCUAUUGUGAAAGAAUGCAUUGAAAUAUUGUUUGCCAAGACGUUGGUGAAAGUCUUGUUUGCCACAGAAACUUUUGCAAUGGGAUUGAACUUGCCCACCAGAACAGUUGUGUUCAGCUCGACCAGAAAGCACGAUGGUAGGGGGUUUAGAAAUCUUUUACCGGGUGAAUUUACUCAAAUGUCUGGGAGAGCUGGUAGAAGAGGUUUGGAUGCUACAGGUACUGUGAUUGUCAUGGCCUACAAUGAAGCAUUAUCGCCUACCGAUUUUAAAGAGGUUGCAUUGGGAACUCCUACAAAAUUGCAAUCUCAGUUUAGGUUGACAUAUAAUAUGAUCUUGAACUUGCUCAGGAUCGAAGCGUUGAAGGUUGAAGAAAUGAUCAAGCACUCAUUCAGUGAGAACUCCACCCAGGUUCUACUUCCCGAGAACAAAAAGCGUCAUGAGGCUUUGACAAACACAAUAAGCAGCUUAGUUUUGUCACCAUGCAAGGAAUGCGAUUUGAAGAAUGUCGAGGAGACUUGCAAGCUCAUGCUUGAGUAUGAAGACGUUUAUGGUCAAUGUGUGGUUGACAUUCAUAAAUCGCCGAUAUUGAAGUCACAAUUGUUGAGGAUUGGAAGACUCGUGUGUUUCCGUGACAAAGAGUCAGUAUCGAGAAUUGGAUUUGUUGUAAAGUCUGACAGUGUUAAUGACAGUAUAUUCUUACUCACAUUCCAUCACGGAAGUGCAUACGACACAACCGAGGAGAAUUUCAAGUUGCCAUACAUACCAAUCCGUGACUACUUGGUGAAUAACUUUGCCAAAAUUAGAUACGGUGGUGGCCUAAAAGUAGUGUCGGUACCAUACGAGAGCGUUCAAUUUAUUUGCAAAUAUGCCUUGAAGGUGCCUAUUGGACGAGUUGUGGAAAACAACAGUGAAGACGUUAAGCAAGCGGAGGAGCAAAUAAGAUUGAUUCUCAGGAGUCAAAACAGGCUAGAUGAAAUCAGCUUCGCUCAAACGAAUCAGAUCUCUCUCCAUGAUAUGUGCGUUGAGAAGGAAAACAUUUAUGCAAAGAUCUAUGAGUUGCAAGCGUACACUUGUUCGAACUUUGCCCAGCAUUAUGCCGAGUAUCGAAAAAUGCAUCUUCUUCAAAAGGAGUUGGAGGGACUUGAAAAGUUAAUCUCAGAUGAGAAUUUGGAUCUCUUGCCAGACUAUGAACAAAGAUUAGAAGUCCUCGAGACUCUUGGUUUCAUUGACGAAAAGCACAAUGUAGUGUUGAAAGGAAGAGUCGCAUGUGAAAUCAACUCUGGUUGGGAGUUGAUCCUUACUGAGUUGGUCCUUGAUAAUUUCCUUGGUGAUUUUGAACCGUCUGAGAUUGUGGCACUUUUAUCGUGUUUUGUUUAUGAAGGCAGAACUCAAGAAGAAGAACCACCGUUGAUUACACCUAGGUUGGAGAAGGGUAAAACCAGGAUACUAGAGAUUGCCGACAAGUUGCUUCGAGUGUUUAUUGAAAAGAGAGUGUCUUUGACGUCAGAGGAGGAAGAUUUUGUCGAGAGUAAACGAUUUGCGUUGGUGAAUGUUGUAUAUGAAUGGGCUAAUGGGUUGAGUUUUAACGAAAUCAUGGAAAUUAGCGUUGAGUCCGAAGGUACGAUUGUCAGAGUCAUUACUCGAUUGGAUGAAAUAUGCCGUGAGGUGAAGAAUGCUGCUUUGAUUAUUGGCGAUUCGAAAUUGCAUUUGAAGAUGGCUGAAGCACAAGAAAAGAUCAAGAGAGAUAUCGUAUUCUGUGCAUCGCUAUAUCUAUAG